CGUGGAAAACUGCGGACUGACUGGCCGAGUAGAGGAGAGACGGCGCCGCCGCUGCCGCCGGAGUUCCCGUGUUCGGCCGACCGACUCACCACCGUCGUUUCGCCGGGCGUAGGCGACUGCUUCGCACGCGGACACGGCAGCAGAGCCAACUGAGCGCGCGCCUUCGAACAACGCAGCUCUAACCCGCAGCUGAACAAGUGGUUGUCAACAGUUGGUCGUCGGCGCAUCCCGUGUGCCGGAGGGAAUUUGCGGAUCGGCGAGUCCGACGCUGUGUUUUCGUGACCGGCUUCCGCGGCCGGCGACUCUGCGGGGAAAAACAGGUCAUUCCUUCGGCUGUGUUCACGAUGGCAGCAGCGCGGCGGUGGACGGUGCUCCUCUUGUGUGCCUGUUUGCGUGCGAUUUCGGCGAGCAAUUUGGAUACGAUGCACCCGAGAGUGUUCAGAGGCGCUGCCGGUUCGCACUUCGGCUACACCGUGGAGCUCAUCAUUAACCGGGACGGAGAGUUAGUUCUGGUGUCAGCCAUCAAGGACAACUCGCAAACUUUGGGAAACGAAGUUCACCAGCCCGGCGCCCUGUUCAAGUGCAGGCCGCGUGUAGACGACUCGCCGUGUACCGAAGUGCGUGUUGAUACCUCGGACAAAGGUGAAGUAGAAAAUGAAGAUGGAGAACGCUUCCAUGACCUGCUUGACAAUAUGCACCUUGGGAUGUCAAUGGUCAUUCAGCCUGGUCCCAAUGGAAGGGUUAUUGUAUGUGCCCCAAAGUGGAAAAACCAGCUCUAUAAUAGUACAAUGUACAUGCUUAAUGGAAUUUGCUAUGUUCUCAGCCAUGAUUUGGAUCGCAGUGAGCCACUGCGCCCACUUCUCAGAAGACUUCACCAAGUGAGGCCGCCAAACUCUGAGCAGCCAGACAGCUACUACUAUGCCGUAGCAGAGUUUGGUUUCUCAGCAGACAUCUCUGCUAACAACGAAUUUCUUGCGGGAACUCCAGGAAUUGUUGACUGGACAGGCUCACUGAUUAAAUACACUAUACCUAGCAAUGCAUCUCAGAGCUUGAGUCUCGAACUUCGGGGCAUCUUGGAUGCCAGCAAUAUUCCGAGAAUUCAACAAUAUAUUGGUUAUAGUGUAACAUCUGGCCGCUUCUUUGAAAGCAUGGGUCCUUCAAUGGUUGCCGGAGCUCCAAGAGAAACUGAGGACCGUAAAGGAGCUGUGUAUUUCUUCGCCCAGGAAAACCCAACUUCAAGUAGCCUUAGGGUGCAGAUGAAGAAAGAAGGUGAACAGAUGGGCUCAUACUUUGGUGCUGCAGUGCUGGCGCUUGACUUAAACAAUGACAGCUACUCCGACUUGAUUGUUGGUGCUCCUUUCUACUCUGUUAAAGAAACUGCUGGGGAUGAGGGAAAGGCAUACAUCUACAUUAGCAAUGGAGCAAGUCUGUCCCUACAAUCAGGCCACCUCAUGGGCUCAUCUGUGCCUGGAGCUCGAUUUGGUACUACUAUUGUCAACAUUGGUGACCUGAACUUGGAUGGAUACCCAGAUGUAGCUAUCGGUGCUCCUUAUGAAAAUGGCUACGGUGCUGUGUACAUCUACAAUGGCGGGAGGUAUGGUCUAAAAACCACUUUUAGCCAGCGCAUUGAAGCCAGAUUGCAGAGAACUCUGCCGCGGGGCUUUGGCAUCAGCAUUUCCAAGGCAUUGGAUAUUGAUAACAAUGAGUACCCAGAUAUCGUGAUAGGAGCUUAUGAGUCAGACUCGGCUUACCUCUUUAGGGCUUCUCCUAUUGUACACGCAAAGGCCUGGAUUGAAAUUCCCAUAGAGCGCAUGUCCAGCAAAACCCCAAAAUGCAACAGGAACAAUGUUUACUAUUACUGCCUUGAAGUGUUAGCGUGCAUCACUUUCACUGGAAAAUUCAUCCCCGAGGAACUAGGGUUUGCCUACGAGUUGGAAAUUGACAGCAAAAAGGCAGAGAUGCAGUCGCCAAGGGGCGGCUUUGAGCUGCCUAAUGGAAUAAUUGCCACAAGUAUCUCUCUUGAAAAAACUCUUCGAAUGGGUGUCGAGAACUGCUUCUCAGAGACAGCCCUGAUAGACGGAAAUGUCACUGAUUUACUGACUCCAUUUGAGUUUCGCUUGUCAUUCAACUUGACGGAGGAUCUGAAAAGGGACAAGCGUGAAAGCUUUUGUUCUGAUUGUCCCAUCUUGGACCCAAGUACGGUACAAGUGGUCACUAAUAGAACUGCUUUCCAAGUGGCAUGUGGCCCCGACAACGUGUGCAAUGCAGACUUGGAAUUGAAGGCUAGCAUUGAAGGCCAUGAGAACAACUCGCCUCUGGUCGUAGGCAGAGACAACUCGGUUACACUGAACAUCGUCGUGAAAAACCGCGAGGCUGAGCCUGCCUACCUCGCUGAAGUUGAGAUUAACCUACCUGAAAAUGUGGACAUUGUAAACAGCGGCAGUUGUGUAAAAAAGAACAGCUCGACCCUAAUGUGUGACGUCGGAAAUCCUUUGAACAGCAAUGUGGAGACGCAAUUCGCUGUGAAAUUGGGCCUUAUGAAGAUCAAAAAGAAACUUGAAAUCAAAGUCGUUGCAAGAACGCUUAGUUUGGAUGUUGACCAGAGCAACGAUCAUGUUCUUAUUGCCUUGCCACUUAUCCACCGUGGUGACAUUGCACUUCAAGGGUCUGCUUCCGUAAGCCAGCUAAUCUACAACAAGUCUACAGAUAUUGUUCCUGUGGUUCACACCUUUACGAUGGUGAAAUAUUAUGACAGCCCAAUUAACAAAGUUGCUAUUACAAUAUCUGUACCACUCAGGAUUGUAGGGCAGAAGGCCAAUUUUAUGACCCUUCUCAGUGUGACGGCUGAUGAUGGGAGUCGAACUAAAGUUGGUGGCAGCUGCAACAGCUCAGUGGCAAGCCUACGCAAGCGCUCCUCAUCCACCACAGAGCCGCCUACCACAAGGAAGCGCAGGGAAGCGAACCCUAUUGCACUUCUAGAAAGUCACUUUCCAGUGGCUCAAAUCAAGACACUGACGCUGGACUGUUCGGGUGCUGAGUGCAAGAGCUUCACCUGCCAGAUGGGCCCAUUUGCCGAUAAGAACAAAGUGGCUAAAAUUGAACUGAACAUGAUCAUUAAUGUCACCCGAAUUAUGGAGCAAGUGGGAAUUCCAGACACCGUAGACAUUAUCUCAGAUGGUUCCCUAACCAUCUUGGAUGAAACAGAGUUUACACACUAUGUCAAGCAGCAACCCAAGCAAGCAAUGAUUGUCACCUCACUCGUCAAAGAAGGCCCACCUGCAACGCCCUCCUUGGCUUGGUGGAUCUACCUUCUCAUAGUGCUGGGAGGCUUGCUUCUGCUCUUGGUCAUCAUUUAUGUCCUCUACAAGUGUGGCUUCUUCAGGAGAGAAGCCAAGGAAGAACUGGAACGCUCAAAACGGGAGUCCUUAGCAGCUAGCAGUGCACCGCAUUCACCCACAACAGAGGCUCUGCCCAGCAUUCCUUCAGAUGACCCCGAAGCCCGUACAAGUCUCCUCAGCUCGGAAAACCCCUGAGGCAAGCCCAGCUGGUGGUUUGCCAUUCCUAAGCAUGCUCAAGCAUUGCAUCUGUGCUAGUCACAUUGUCGUCAUGUUGCCUGGGGCACUUCACCUGUGGUAUCUAGCUAUGUUGUCUGCCUCCUAGUGCACUGUUCUGUGCUCUGCAUUGACACGUUGCCCUUAGCACGCAGUGCAGCCUUGUUUUAGGAUUUUUGACAAAGCUGACAAUCUGCAUUAAAUUAGAACCAUUAGAAGUUAGAGCAAUAGGAGAGUUCUUCUGACAUUCCAGUUGGUUGUACAUGGUUAUCUUGAGGAAUAUUUUAUGUUGUUGUGUAAGACAGAUGAUGGUGUAAAAUCGGUAACAGGGAAGUAAGGGUAGAACAGUAAAACACAAAUGGCUACACUUGGAAGAGCUUCUUGCAUUUUGUGUUGCUGCUGUUUGAUACAUGCAAUUUUGCUUGAAAUAACAGCUUUGGAGUGCUCCAGAGCAUUUGAAACACUGCCAGAUUCUCCUAUUGUCACGUCUUUAUAGCAACAACUGCCUGAAUAUAUAGCAUCUGGAGGCCCUUAGGUAUCAAAUGGUAAUGUAAUUGGAGCAAUCAAAGAGAAAAUUUUAUUAGCAUGGCUCAGGGCAUUUCAAUAUAUUGUGGCACAUUUUAUGGAUGCAUCAUGUAAUAUAUGUCAAGGUAUCUAUCUUAUGAGGCCUUUAUGGAGAGGCAGAAAUUCAAACCCUAACGUAGGUGCACCGCUGGUCUGUGCAUACAUUUAACCCUUGCUUGUAGAAUAGCCGAACAAAUGCUUUUGAGCUGUCUGAUGCUUUAAAAGGGCCCUGAACCACCCCUCGGGCUUGGUAUAAUAACAUAGUCCGCGGGUCACAUGCGUUGCUUUGAACAUCUCAGCCAAGUUUUGCUGUCGUACACGGUGCAUGGAGCUCGCAAGUGGAUCGUGACCUCACCUUUCUCUCAAACGCUCUCGUUUCAACAGAAGGCCCUGUCCUCACUCUCUUCUGGACACUUUAUUUUGUCAUCGGACGCUUUAUUUUGUGAUUCCUUUAGACCGCUGUUAUUGGCUGAUAGCUGACGUCAAGCUGCGGUUGGCUACAUGGCGUAGAUAUGGCGACCGCUGCAGGGUGCCGCCACGAGUCCACUGGCUAAGUGCACUGCGGCUCGCUGAGGACAACCGCGUUCGGCUUAUGUUUUGCGCGUCGUAGGCACCAAAGGUGGAGGUCGUGGCGUCUACAUUAACAUACAAAAUGAAAUUUGAACUGUGCACUCCGGUGACACAUAGAAGGCGGAGCGUUGAGGGCACACGCCCAACUGCGCCAUAGCCAGUGCAAGGCAUUGAAGAUGGAACAGGAGCCCAGCAGAGGCCGUAGAUAUACAUCAAGACAUAGUUUACGUAGUACAUUGUAUUGCUUGGUUUCGUAGGGAUCACAUUGUAGUAGUAUUUCUAAAAACGAGGUCAUUUCUAGUUUUGUGGGAAAUAAGGUUAUAUUGUUGUACAGUAUGUAGUUAUUUCCAUUGUUCCAUGGGGACAUCUUUGUUUUGUUCCAUUCACAAAACUGCCCUUGACUAUGUUCAUUUGCAGUGCAUGGUGUACAUAGGGUAUGGAUACAGCAAGUGCCAUGUCUGGUUGUAUUCAGUCUAGCAUGAUUGCAUCUGAGGCCUUUGAUCAGCAUCAUCUUGAAUUGAGGCACACCUGUGUUGCAUGCUUGAUUAGCAUAGUUUUAUGAUGUGGCUACUUCAGUCGUUCCUUGUAGAAUCAAGUCUAUCACUGCCAACAGUGAACUGAAGCCUUUGACUCAUGCGCGACUAUGGCUGAUUGCUAGAACAAGGUUGUGUAUGGUUGUGCUGGGGUUUGUGGUGAUGUGAUGAUAUCCUGUGAUCUCUACUUAAAUAGCUGAUACCACAAUUGUGCCUUAUAGAAAACUUCUUGAUGAGCACAUGUGCUAGAGGUGCUGGCUGUAUUUGGGACCUGGGCUGGAAUGUUUCUUUUUCUUAACAGUUCUGUUUCACAAAUUGCAAGGUCGCUUAGUUUGUUUUCUGCUGAGCUGCUGUUGUAUGCAUGCAUGCAGGACUGUAAACAUACCAACCACUUGUCAUGGCAAAUAUAAUGAAAGUUAGUGUUUCCUCACAAGAAAUGUUAUUCCAGCCCUAGUUCUCUCAUUACGCUUUCUUUUAUUUUUUUUUAGUUUGACCUGCAUGGCAUGCAGCAACCUAAAUUUUUUGGCUCAUAUUGUACAGAAUAUAUUUAUCAUGAAAAUUAUGAUACUGCUGCUUAAAAACACUUUGUUAACAGCUGUGUAAAGGGAUCUUCUAUAUUGUCCUAAUGCGGCAGGCAUACUUGGAGCUGCUGUGUUCUUGUGUCCUUCUAUCGUUGCUGCGAGUUAAGUUCCUUGAGAAGGGUGCUAUGUUUUGGCUUUUGAGGAAGCUUUGUGUGAAUGAUAUUAUUUUUCACUAUUGUGUCCUUCUACACUUAAGCAGAUAAAGAUGUAUAUAGAUGUUGUAGAAGAAACUGGUGUAUAGAUUACAACAAAAAAGAAAGAAAGAAAAACUGACGGGUGACCAUCAAAACCAUAGCCAUGUUGAUACACUCGACAUUUUGAGAGAUAGGCUUGAUACAAAAGAAAACUCUUUGUCAAAGCUUUUUUUAAACUUCCUAGCAAAUAAGUGUUGGUCAGCGAUAAAGUGCUAACUUGGUACAUGUUGCAACAAAAAACGAUUAACAGUGCAAAAUGCAGAACAUAAGAAGGAGACAGCUCUUUGUCCAUCUUCUUUCUUCUUAUGUCCUGUUUCUUGCACAAUUACUCUUUCUUUUUUUUAAAUCUAAGUGUUAGUUGUUAUUGCUAUAGUAUAAAUAAGGACCAUAUUAAAUGCAAGAAAGGCAGAGACUACAUAAUCGUGGUAUCCAGUCUGAUAAGUUCAACAGUGGCUCCUCUUGCAUUUAGGUUGGUGCAAAUUUUUCUGUUAAUUUCAUUCGACUGUUAUGCUCAUUGCAACUUCCUUAUUGCAUGAUGUCUCAUGCUGGCUGCUUUCAUCUUUGGCUUUCCGAAGGCUUUUCAGAGUUGAGCAUGUUCGGUAAGCUUUAGGAUCACAUAUAUGGCAAAUCUGUGGCCAUAUUCUGGGGUUGUAUUCUUUUGGGGUCAGUAUCACUUUAAAUGGUAUUCACAGCGAUAGUAUUGCUUUCAAGGUACUCUUCUCCUAAUUAAACCAAUGGGCAUUCUGUCAUCUGGCAUAACCGAUUAUAAUCAGUUAAUUGUGCCGCAGGGCAGAAUACCCGUUGCUCUAUUGAAAUUCGAGCCAGGCACUACGCCCCACAAAAGUGAAGGUAUCCCUCACAGUGGUCACUUGAUAAUGCGGCCUUUCACACAUAAAUGUAAUGUUUUACAUGUUCUUCAGGUAUCCUGUAGAUAACUGUCUAUGCAUGCAAUUCUGUGUGCAUGUAUGCAUAGUUUAUUUAAAUGUUUACUUAAUCUUCCACUACUGUGAGAGGCUUAGCAGGGAGAAGGCUGCUUGUGUAAUACAUUUUUUUUUUUUUGUGAGGAUGACGGCGUGUAAUUGGCAAGCAGUUAUGAUUACAGUUGGUAUCGAAAGUUUGAGAGCCAUGGAAUCUGAGGAAAUGUUUAAUUUCUGAUCAGUUUCUGACCAUAGCCAGUAAAACCAUGGAACUUUGUGUUGUUCAGACGUGUCAUUAUGGGCUGGAAGUGUAAUAGCAGGUAGUGUGCCCAGGCUGCGGAAGUAGUAAGCUUUUUCUCAGAUCUCGUUAUCCACAAACAUUUGAUACACACUGUACGUCUGAUUGACAAUGUUACUAUGGCAGUGGUAAUCAUGGUCUGUGGUGCUGGACACUGUUGAUUAGCUGCAGCAAAGAGUGGUGGUGUGAGAAAUGGGCUGUAUUGAAGACAUAUCCAGAGAAGCAAACAUGUGUGAAGUUAUGGACUGGAAACUCUGCAGACUGCCUCAAUAAACAAGCAUCUUAAGUGCCCUACAAAACACAUGCUCAUUCGUGCCAUAUGAUCAUGUGAGAUUUUACAUAAAUGAUUCUAUAUUCUCUCACGCGGUCAUAUGGGAUUGUUAGGUGUCUAACCAAUGGGGUGCACAUGUUUUUUCAGUAAGGUGUCGGGACUGUAUAAGCAAAUCUCAGGCAUAAGUGAAAGCAAUCCAAAGGUUGUAAAAGUUGAGUGAAAGACAGUCAGAAGUAAAGAAAGGUAACUGAAGGCAUUGUGGCAAGGUGCACAAAGUUUCCAUAAGCUGUCAGGUGUUCCAUUUCUAUUCUCUCACAUGUAAGUGCGAGGAAUAUAUUUUUCUUACAACAAUUGUGAAUAACAAUGUGCACUAAGAAUGGGCUCCAUGUAUGCAGCAACGGUAUUCAGCAAAGAAUUACCGUAAAAACCGGAAUAUAGGUCGAACUUUUUUUCAAAAACCCAUCGCGAAAAGUCGACCCUCGACUUAUAUACCGGACAUUGGCGGAAAAACUACGGAAGUCUUGCAACAAUGGGCGGAUAAAGUAAACAGCCGCCUUCGCCAUCGCCAUCAGCAGCACGGCGGCGUGGCGACGCUGUGGCACACCGGCAUUUAGCGUUUCCAUUGUCGCAAAGUUAUAUUAAUUAAAGGCUGCACUUUCAUUUUGUUUCAAAAUGAGCGGGAGCGGAAGCCGACGUCAAUUCACCGUCGCCUUCAAGAAAAAGGCGAUUGAGUACGCGGAAGCCCACGGCAACCUGGCGGCACAGCGCGAACUUGAAGUAUCCGAAAAGAGCAUUCGGUAGUGGCGGAGGCAAAAGCAACGUAUUACAACUUGCAGCAACCAAAAGAAAACGUCAUUUCGUGCCGGAUCGCAGUGGACUGCAGAACUGGAAGGCAAGGUUGCGGAGUCCGUCCGCGAGCUGCGUGUAAGAUCGCUGCCUGUGACUGCCGAAUGCAUCCGUUUGAAAGCGGUAGAGAUCGCACGCGCCUAUGGACUGGGCAGCGAGAAGCACUCGUCAUCCGACUCUGAUCAAAGGCGUUGCUCUGAUUCGGAGUAGCGCUUGCGCACUUCGUGCCCUUCUGUGUACUGUACACCCGACGAACUUUUAACAGUAUCGCGCGACCAUCGACCCGCGUGUUUGUCAGCACCUUAACAUCACGGCACGGAGCGGCGAAAUAGCGAAAGUAAGGGCAUGUGUACACAUGCGCGUAUCUCGUUUGUUUCGCUGCUCAGCGCCAUUAAUAAGGUGUUGACAAGCACGCGUGUCGAUGAUCGCGCGAAACCGCUAAAAACUUGGCCGGGUGCACAUGCGAGCAGCAUUUAAAUAAAUACUGUCACCAUUGUGCAACCCCCCGAGUCGCAUUUGUUUCAAGGUAAGGGUGUCAUGUCUUUCGGUACUUUUGCCAUUGAAAAGGAUAUUUUUUUUUUCAUUUUGAGGAUUCGUUAGUUGGGGGAUCGACCUAUAUUCCGGUCCGACCUAUAGUCCGGUUUUUACGGUAGUAAUCAAAUAUUACUUAUUUUAACUUUACCUCACUGUCAUGUGAAUCUGUGUGCUACAUCUGGUAGCAGUAUCAACAUGGCUCUGUUAGUGUCAAACUUCACUUCAUGUUUUAUCAUAUUAAGAUAUUGCAAUUCCUCUGAUGCUACACACCUUCUUCUGAUACUUCUGUGCAGUUUGAUCCAUUAUUAACUGUAGUAACAGAGAAUAUCUAUGUGGUACAGUUGCUUUUAUAAGAUUUUUAGGUGUUUAGCUAGUUUUUGAGGCAGAUGCCCAAGUCUUAUGUUUCACAUCUUCAGGGAUCAAGUGGCAUAGCUUAGGAGAUUUUCGAGACUAACAUUAAUCCUUUGCCUUGUAUUAGGUCAUGUAGUAGAUUUAUUGCUGUCUGCAUUUUGUGGUUGGUGUUUUUUCUAAUUUUGGACAAGGGUCUAGUAUAUCAGUGAUUAUGUCUAACAUCAUGUAAUCAUGCAUGUACACAAAGCCAUGCAUGCAGCCAUUGUGCUGCUGAGUUAUGACUUAAAAUUCAUGGAUCAUAUAUGUGGGGACAAGUGUACAGGGUGAUUGAUCAUCUGUUAUUUAUGACAGUUCAUACGAUUGUCAGUGUGCUUUUUGUGUUCAUUGCUCAUCAUGUAUUGAUUUCAUUCUCAUUGCAGCCAGAACAUGUUGCCUUGUAGUUGAGCGCUGUAUCAGGCUUCUCAAAUUUGCCAUCAUGCAUAGAUUUCAUGUAGCAAAGUUCAACAUGAAAAUAUUGCAGUUAGGUCUUUCUACAAUGCUGUUAUAUUCACACACCUUUUUUGUAAGAGUAUUAGAGAGCCAGAAUAAAGUCUACUGUUUUAUUAAGAAAA